UCAUAUAUAACUCCUCCCUCUCCUUUUACCCUUCUUUAUCUAACUACACAAGUGUUUCUGUUCUCUAUUAUGCGAACCAGAAGAGGCUUGUGUUAUCCUCAAACACUUCCACUUCCAAACAUGUCUUCAAACACCCACAAACGACAGAAGAGAAUGCCGGAAAAUACCACCGGCGGUUCCGAUUUCUUUGACUAUUUACCUGACGAUAUUGUCUUGUCUAUCCUCGGUAAACUUAGCUCUACCGCUACCUCCCCCUCCGAUUUCAUCAGUGUUCUAAUCACGUGCAAGAGACUAAACGCUUUAGGUCUUAACUCUCUUGUUCUGUCGAAAGCAUCGAGCAAAACAUUAUCAGUUAAAGCUAAAAACUGGUGCGACUCUGCUCACCGUUUCCUCAAACGUUGUGCAGACGCUGGAAACAUUGAAGCGUGUUACACUCUCGGAAUGAUUCGGUUUUACUGUUUGCAAAACAGAGGAAGCGGCGCUUCGAUGAUGGCAAAAGCAGCUAUGAAAUCUCACGCGCCGUCGCUGUACUCGUUAGCUGUUAUACAGUUUAACGGAAGUGGUGGAACGAAAAAUGACAAGGAUUUACGCGCUGGUGUGGCUCUGUGUGCACGCGCUGCGUUCCUUGGUCAUAUCGAUGGGUUACGUGAGCUUGGCCAUUGUUUACAAGACGGUUACGGUGCUAAACAGAACGUUAUAGAGGGACGGCGGUUUCUAGUUCAAGCUAACGCCCGUGAACUUGCUGCUGUUUUAUCUAACGGAAACAGUAAACAUCCGUUAAUGAGGUGGAGUGUUAACCCGGUUAAGAACCAGCCACCUCAGAUUCCUGUCGUUUCUGGUUCGGGUUCGGGUUGUCCGUUGCUGAGUGAUUUUGGUUGUAAUGUUCCGGUCCAGGAAGCUCACACUGCGAACCGGUUUUUAACGGAGUGGUUUGAAAACCGGGGCGGGUUUCCGGGUCAAGGUAUGAUGCUGUGUUCGAAUACGGGUUGCGGCCGGCCAGAGACAAGGAAGCACGAGUUUCGAAGGUGUUCGGUUUGUGGUGUGGUGAAUUAUUGCUCCCGCGCCUGUCAAGCGCUUGACUGGAAGUUUCGACAUAAGGGGGAGUGUGCGCCGGUUGAGAGGUGGUUAGACGAGGCGGGGCAACCUGUUGCCGUUGAGGGUGUGGGUAACGGUGACGGAGGCGUUAACGUUGAAGAAGUUGAUAGGUAGAUGAAUUUUGCGAGACUUCAAGUUGACGGUAACGGAAAAUUGUUUGGAACUGUAAUUUUUUGGCAUAGGAUACUGAAAUAUGGAAAAAGUGAAAAUAUUUAUUAUCUCAUUUAUUAAAAUUUGGCUCGCAACUCCAAUGCUACCUAGAGUGGUCUUUUCUGUUCCUUUUACUCUUUGUUUUUUAAUGAUUUUAUAGAAGCAAAUUUAAAAUAUUUCUUUGAAAAGAAAAAAAUGAGAGGGAUGCUUUUUAUUUUAUUUCUAUAUUUUAUUUAUUUUCUUAUGAAUUACCUAAAAACAACCGUUAGUAGUUACUUUUAGUUGGGUCCAGAAAAAUUAAUAAAUAAAAAAUUUAAUAUUUCUAGUUUGAAAGAAUAACCUACAUUUAGUGGAUCUUAUUACCAUAGAGGAAAAAAAAUUGAACAUUAGGUUCAUAAUUUGACAUUUUAGUCAAAUCAACUUUAAAUCAUCCCAUUUAUUUAUUAUUGUUUGUGGCUAAUAAAACGAUGCUUCAAUGAGAUAUGAAAUCAGACAGACAUUAAGGAUAUGACGUGUAGUGUAUAUUUGCAUCAAAGUAGGCACCACAAUGUUCUAAACAAAAUAAAUAAAAAAUGCAUGUCAAAAUGUAUACCACAUCUUAAGUGGGGCUACACAAUCUUACCUUCUCAAAUACAUCAUAACUACUUUAGAACAAAGUUGGAUAUAUAAUGGCACCGAUUCUUUAGGGGAUAUUGGCUAUGAGUGAUCAAGUUUAUGUUUAGGAUAGAUUUGCUUGAUAUUCUUACUUUGCUUAGAGGAAAUAUUGGCCCCCAAAUUUGGAGUGUAUGAAUAUCAAUCAUCUUGUUUUGGAAUCUCUUUUAUGAAUGAUACAUCGAUUUGUCAAGUUGGGUGUAUUAGAAGCAAAUCUGUCAAAGUUAAGAUGAUAUUAUUAUCUAAUUAAAGCUCUAAAGGAAAGUUUUUAUCAAAAUUGCUAGAGUGUAUCUUAUGAUAUCA